AUUUCACCACAACUUCUGUGACGAAAUAUGAAAUUAUAUUGACAAACAGCGCUACUGAAUAUGGACUCUCUGCCAAAGUCAAGAAUUCUUCAAAUCAACUUCGAUGAAUCAAAUUCGAUUCCAUUUUGGACUGUUAUAUUAAUCGUUCUUCCUCAAUUAGCUAAUUCUUAAACAAUCAUCGCGGCUGUAUUUUAAUGUUUUCUUUCUCUCUUUCUACGCAAUUUUUCGAUCGUAGAUCAAUCAAUAAGCAAAACAAUGGAGAGCAGCUUACCAUUGACAGCGACGUCGUCGUCGAAAUCGGAGAGGCGAUCGAAAUCAAAGAAUUCUCAGACCACCUCGAAAACCUCUCUCGUUAUGGCCUUUCUCUCUUGCCUCGCGUGGCUCUACGUUACCGGACGGUUGUGGCAAGAUGCAGAGAACAGAAUGCUACUGUCUAAUUUACUGAAGAAGAAUUCCUUGCAGCGGCCCCAGGUGCUUACUGUGGAUGACAAACUAAUGGUCCUAGGAUGCAAGGAUUUGAAAAGGAGAAUUGUUGAAGCUGAAAUGGAAUUAACACUGGCAAAGAGUCAAGGUUACCUUAAGAGCCAAGUGCAGCAGAGUGGUUCCUCUUCUGGUAAAAAACUGCUUGCUGUUAUUGGAGUUUACAGUGGUUUUGGGAGUCGGUUGCGGCGUAAUACUUUCAGAGGGUCUAUGACAUCAAAAGGUGUUACUUUACAGAAGCUCGAAGAAAGAGGGAUCAUUGUACGAUUUGUGAUUGGUCGAAGUCCUAACCGCGGUGACAGCUUGGACCACAAUAUUGAUGAGGAAAAUCGCGUGAGAAAGGAUUUUUUGAUUCUUGAUGGUCAUGAGGAGGCUCAAGAAGAAUUGCCCAAGAAAGCAAAAUUCUUCUUUAGCACAGCAAUCCAGACUUGGGAUGCGGAGUUCUAUAUAAAAGUUGAUGACAAUAUUGAUCUUAACUUUGAUGUGUUGAUUGAACUUAUCAAGAGUCGACGUGGUCAAGAUGGUGCUUAUAUUGGAUGCAUGAAGUCUGGAGAAGUAGUUUCUGAAGAGGGAAAACUGUGGUAUGAGCCUGAAUGGUGGAAAUUUGGUGAUCAGAAAACGUACUUUCGUCAUGCAGCUGGUUCUAUUUUUAUACUGUCAAAGAAUUUGGCUCGGUAUAUUGACAUAAACAGUGUAUCUUUAAAGGCUUAUGCUCAUGAGGAUACAUCAGUGGGAUCAUGGAUGAUGGGUCUUCAAGCAACUUAUAUAGAUGACAGUCGAUUGUGCUGCAGUUACUCGAGCCAAGAUAAGGUGUGCUCAUUGGCGUGAGAAUAAAAGCUAGCUGUUUUUUCAUCACUCCUGAAUUCUGUUUGGGCAGGAACUAAGAAUUGCAUUGGGUGCGUAUGGAAUGUGGCCGGGGACCUGAUUCUUUGUAGCAUUUAGUUACCUGAAUGAUUUGUGGAAAAUAUAAGUUACAGCAUUCUUUUCAUCGAGUCAAUCUUACUCAAUACAGAGGAUGUACACAAGUUGGCUGAGACUUUGUACCUACAAAACUGAAACUUGUAUGGAGUUCAGCUUUAGGUGUAUAAUUCUUGGCAUUUUUCUCAAACAGCCAUUUCUUACUUUUCUAAGUUUUAUUUCU